AGAAGCCGACUCUUGUUUACAGCAGAGAUUCCACGGAGGAGCCACUCGUACACACGCACACACUCACCGUGGGAUUUUAGCAGCUGCAACGUGGACUUGUUUUCGCCUUUCUGGCGACGACGAAACAACAAGAAAAAGACGUCAGUUGUGGAAAAAGACGCGAAAAUUUCGCACGCGUUCAGUUCCAUUCUGCUGUUGCGUGGCACAUUUUCCCGGAGCCCACCCUUCAACCUCCACAGGCAGGACCACGACGGGCACCAACGCCGGUGCAGCUCGCUUGGUUUGCCGGCGUUAAGACACCCACCAGGCAGAGUUUUCAUUCAUUUUUUUACCCAGGCCACCACCACGCAGCCGCCACCCUUCUUAUUUUUCUUCUUGGGUGUUUUCCCCAAUAUUCCACGCGAGCGGCUUUUACGCUUACGGAUGCUGAGGAUGGUGGGGAAGAGGGUUAGAUUUUUGUGCUGAUAUUUUGUAGAUACAACCCAAUUCUGAGGCCUGUUGUUUUUGUUAUUGAAGAAGAAGACAUGGAGACUGAAGAUGGGGAUUACCAUCAUCGUAUUGUUGCGUCUAUAGCAAUCAGUGCACUUUGGAGGAAAUAAUACUGUUUUCUCAAAAUUUUAUUAUUGUGAUUUAAUUUUUUUCCUUUCUAAUAUUAGAGCCUACCCACCCAUUUUGACUACAUUGUUUUUCCCCUCCGCUCGUUUUUGUAGCUUUAACGUGCAUCAGCAUCCUCCUGGAUUUCUUUUUAGUUUUUAUUUAUUUUGUUAAGUUUUGCUUUUCUUUCUUUUUUUUUUUUUUUAAAUGAAUCAAAGAAUAUGAGAGCUGACAAACUACUAAUGGACAGGAGCACAGGCUUUUUCUGGGCUGUGUUGACGACCCUUUCCACCAUGUGCCUAUGGACCUCAUAUGGCGAGAUCUGUGGUCCCAGCAUCGACAUCCGGAACGACAUCAGCCAAUUCAAGCGUCUUGAAAACUGCACGGUGGUGGAAGGCUACCUGCAGAUUCUGCUCAUGAUGAACAACAAUAGCAAGACCAAGAACCAGGAGGUGUUUCGCUCGCUGAGCUUCCCAAAGCUGACCGUUAUCACCGACUACCUCCUAUUGUUCCGUUUACCGGGCCUAGAAAGCUUGAGUACACUAUUUCCCAACCUGAGCGUCAUCCGGGGGCGCAACCUCUUCUACAACUAUGCCCUGGUGAUCUAUGAGAUGACCAGCUUGAAGGACAUUGGCCUGUACAACCUUAGGAACAUCACCCGUGGGGCCAUCAGGAUUGAGAAGAACCCCGAGCUGUGCUACUUGGACUCUGUGGACUGGUCUCUCAUCAUGGAUGCAGAGUUUAAUAACAUUGUGAGUGGGAAUAAGAAGACCAAAGAGUGUGAUAAUGUCUGCCCGGGCAUCAUGGAGGACAACCCGCUGUGUCAACAGACUACCUUUAAUAACAAACAGGAGUACCGAUGCUGGACCUCCAACCGAUGCCAGAAAGUGUGUCCCAGCCAAUGCAAGCACUCGUGCACAGACAGGGGCGAGUGUUGCCACAGCCAGUGCCUGGGCACCUGCACCGAAGCCCACAGUGACUUGGCGUGCUCUGCCUGCCUCCACUACUACCACGAAGGCCGCUGCGUCCCUGACUGCCCGCCCGACACAUACAAGUUUGAGGGCUGGCGCUGUAUCACCGAGGACCUGUGCUCCCAAGUUCAUCUGCCCAGCGACGUUCACUUUGUCAUCCACGAGGGCGAAUGCAUGCCUGAUUGCCCCUUCGGUUUUGCACGCAACGAAAGCAACCGGAUGUUGUGCAGUGCCUGUAAUGGCUUAUGCGAUAAGAUCUGUACGACCUCUGUCAUCGACUCUGUGAACGCUGCUCAGUCCCUGAAGGACUGCACCGUCAUUGCUGGCAAUCUGGAUAUCAACAUCCGUCACGGAAAUAACAUAGCGUCUGAGCUGGAGAGUUUCAUGGGCCUGAUCCAAACCGUGACGGGCUACGUGAGGAUUCGUCACUCCCACACACUCGGAUCGCUGUCCUUUCUCAAGAGUCUGCGUUACAUCAACGGGGCGGAGCUUAUAGAUCAGUUGUAUUCCUUCUCCGCCAUCAACAACCAGCACCUGCACGACCUAUGGGAUUGGACUCAGCACAACCUAACCAUCCGGGAGGGACGCCUCUUCUUCCGUCUGAAUCCCAAACUCUGUAUGUCUAAGAUCCACACCAUGUGGGAGAAAACGGGCGUCACUGCCAAGCCACAGGAGGGCGACUUCCGCAACAAUGGCGAAAGAGCCAGCUGUGAAAGCCACAUUCUCAAGAUCUUGUCCAACAGCACAUCCAGCUACACCAUCCGUCUGACAUUGGAGCGCUACCAGCCGCGGGAUUACAAAGGCCUUAUCACCUUCAUGGUCUACUACAAGGAGGCCCCUUCUCAGAACAUAACCGAGUUCGACGGUCAGGAUGGCUGCGGCUCCAACAGCUGGCACAUGGUGGAUGUGGAUCUUCCUCAAAAUAAUAACACCGACCCAAAAGUCGGAAUUCACCACCUCAAGCCAUGGACCCAGUAUGCCAUUUUCGUCAAGGCCAUUACGCUGCGGGUUGAGGAUAAACACAUUCCCGGUGCAAAGAGUGACAUCAUAUACAUUCGAACACGCCCCUCGCUGCCAACUGUGCCCAAAGAUCCCCGUGCCUAUGCCAACUCUUCCACCAAGCUCCUGGUCAAGUGGUCUCCACCCCUCUUUCCCAACGGCAAUUUGACCUACUACCUAAUCCGUUGGCAGCAGCAGCCAGAAGACCGGGAGCUCUAUCUGCACGACUACUGCUCCAAAGAACUCAAGAUUCCAAUCAGGAUCCCAGCAACAGGGUUUGAAGACAUGGAGGAGAUAACCAAGCCCACUAAGUCAGACCUGUCGGGUCCAAAGAAGGAUCCUUGCUGUCCUUGCCCCAAGACUGCCGAGGAGAAGGACCGAGAGAAGGACGACCGUGUCUUUUUGAAGCUGUUCGAGAACUUCCUUCACAAUUCAAUCUUUCUGCAGAGACCUCAAGAUCGUCGUCGUCGGGACCUUUUCGGCCUGGCAAAUGGCACUGUGUUGCACGCGGGCGCUGGCAGGGGCAACACCACGCUUGGCCCGGGCAAUAACAGCACUGAUGGGGUCCCGCCAAUUAUGGAGUACCCCUUUUCUGAGGACAAGAGUACCUCAGAGGUUUUAGAGAUUCCCAACUUGAGGCCCUUCACCGUCUACCACAUUGACAUCCAUGCUUGCAAUGAAGAGUUGGGCCACUGUAGCGUUGGCGCCUUUGUCUUUGCCAGGACCAAGCCUGCAGAUAAAGCCGAUGACAUACCUGGGAAAGUGCUCUAUGAGCGGAGCGACAAGAUGGAGGGAUGCGUUCUGCUGCGUUGGCCCGAGCCCAUCAUGCCCAACGGCCUCAUCUUGAUGUACGAGAUCAAGUACCGUUUGGGGGCUGAGCCUGAGAAGCAUGAAUGUGUAUCUCGCGAGCAAUACCGCAAGCAUCGAGGGGCUCGCCUCACCAAUCUGGGAUCGGGGAACUACUCUGCCAGCAUUCGAGCCACAUCUCUGGCUGGAAAUGGCUCCUGGACAGAGAGCAUGUCCUUCUACGUACCUCCGCCAAAACGAGACAACGAUGUCACGCUGUAUCUGGUUGUCAUUAUUCCCAUCAUUGUUACUCUCUUUAUCGCGGGACUCACAACGAUUCUCUUCUAUGUCAACAAAAAGAGAAAUAGUGACAGACUGGGGAAUGGAGUCCUUUACGCCUCAGUCAAUCCUGAGUACUUCAGCGCUGCAGAAAUGUACGUCCCAGAUGAGUGGGAGGUUGCAAGGGAGAAGAUCACCAUGCACCGGGAGCUGGGCCAAGGCUCCUUCGGCAUGGUGUACGAGGGAAUCGCCAAGGGAGUGGUGAAGGAUGAGCCUGAAACGCGUGUGGCCAUCAAAACGGUCAACGAGUCGGCCAGCAUGAGGGAGCGCAUCGAAUUUCUGAAUGAAGCAUCUGUCAUGAAGGAGUUCAACUGCCACCAUGUGGUGAGGCUUCUGGGUGUGGUCUCCCAAGGACAACCUACUUUGGUGAUUAUGGAACUGAUGACCAGCGGAGAUCUGAAGAGUCACCUGCGUUCUCUUCGCAAAGAAAACACCAGUGUCCAGGUCCUGCCCCCACUAAAGAAGAUGAUCCAGAUGGCGGGGGAGAUUGCUGACGGCAUGGCGUACCUAAAUUCCAACAAAUUUGUCCACAGAGACCUUGCGGCCAGAAACUGUAUGGUGUCAGAAGAUUUUACAGUGAAGAUUGGAGAUUUUGGCAUGACCAGAGAUAUUUACGAGACGGAUUACUACCGAAAAGGAGGAAAGGGCCUGCUGCCUGUUCGCUGGAUGUCACCCGAGUCGCUGAAAGAUGGCGUGUUUACUACCAUGUCUGAUGUCUGGUCAUUUGGGGUGGUUCUGUGGGAGAUCGCCACCUUGGCGGAGCAGCCCUACCAAGGCAUGUCCAAUGAACAAGUGCUGCGCUUUGUCAUGGAGGGAGGACUUCUGGACAAGCCUGACAACUGUCCCGACAUGCUGUUCGAGUUGAUGCGGAUGUGCUGGCAGUAUAAUCCCAAGAUGCGUCCGUCCUUCCUGGAGAUAAUCAGCAGCAUCAAGGAGGAGAUGGAGCCGCCUUUCCGGGAAGUCAGCUUCUUCUAUAGUGAGGAAAACAAGCCGCCUGACACCGAGGAGCUGGACAUAGAAGUGGAGAACAUGGAAAACAUUCCACUGGACCCCGCGGCCACCAUUCAGCCCUCUGUCACCGCACCGUCGGCGGGCACGCCACCGCCUGGCUCGACCCAGCAAUCACCCUCUGCAGCCCCUUUUCUGAGACCCUCCUCACCUGCCGCGGGUCCCUCGGACAGCAAACGCGUGGGACACGUGGCGGCCAACGGGCCGGUGGUGCUGCUCAGGCCCAACUUUGACGAGCUGCAGCCCUACGCGCACAUGAACGGCGGAAGGAAGAACGAGCGGGCGCUCCCCUUGCCCCAAUCAUCGGCCUGCUAAUAUUGGCCCCCUUCAAACCCCGAUCCUCCUACACAGGGUAACCCAAAUCUCUCCUGCGACAGUCGAGGGAGAUUUGGUGUCUUUGUUACGUCACUCCUUCAAGAAGGAAAUCAGAAGACUUCAAAAGACUGAAGAACCUUUUUUAAGCAUAUCUGCCAGUAAAAGUCAACAGAAGAGCACUUUUUUUUCCCCUGAGAGAGGCUGUUGUGGAGUGUGUAUUUAUAUACCAAUUCUCUCUAUAGUAAAUUUUCUUUUUAUAUAACUUUUCACAUCAAAGGACUCUUGUUGGACAAAUACUGAAGAGAGUGUUAUGUCUCAAAAAAAAAAAAAAGAUAACACUAAGUUGCCAAAUGGAGGCUGUGCUUCAGAGUCAAGUGCAUGUUGGACUAAAUAUGGCAGCAGUCAUGGUGAAGAAUAAAGUGAACUGCAAAUAUCCCCCAAAAUAAAAAAUAUAUCUAUAUAUUUAACAUAUCAAAUAAAAGUGCAAAAUGUUUCACUCAAGAAACAACAACAAAAAAAUGCUUUAACUUAUUCCUUAUUUGGUUUUCUUCAUUUCAUAUGUCACUAGAAAAGGAGAGUUAUAUGAUCAUUUGUCUUUCAAGUCGGUCUGUUUGUUGGGGACGAUCUUGUCUCACUCUAGUAAACCAUCAUGGAGUACAUCUAUCAUUAUCAUAUUGACCUGUAGUCGAGCCCCUAAGUCUGAAAAAAGUAGCACGGACUUCAAAGUGCAGUAAAAGUAGGGAUUUUAUUUUCACUCGUGGAAGCAGCACUUCAUCGCUGACAUUUCAUAUUUCACUUUUUUUUUGUAUAGCGGCGUUAAGUAUGUGAUGCAUGCAAUGAAGACAUUAUCUAAUUACUUCAAGUCUUAAUUUGCGUGAAAAGAAAUACAAAAUCUACAAGAUGGCACCGUAGGAUUUAGUUCAUUUUUCAACGACAUUUUUCCUAAUGUCCAGUACCGUAUGAAAGAAAUGCGACAGUAAUGGAUAUUUUUUUGCAACAUUGACAUGCCUAUUCUAUCAAAUUUCAUUUGUCUAUUCAAUGAUGUAAACCUCCACAAGUUUUUAAAUAACAAUAAGCCAGAACAAACACAGAAUUCUGCUUGUUCUAAUAGUUUAAUUGCAUUUAGCUAUUCUUCAGUGUUUUUUUUUCUUUUUACUAUACAAUCAAGUCAAUUGAAAUAAAAAUUAUUUAAAAAAAUAUUUCAUUCACACCUUGUGUGAAAUUACCCCCCAAAAUCUCGUCAAUGUAUAUACUUCAUUUUGUUUCGUUGCAUGUAAUCUGAAGCACAGUCUCAGUCUGACACAUCCAAACGCCAUGACUGUCAUUUGGGGUAAUUUUAUCACUUCUGCAUAAUUUGAGAAUCUCUGAAUGUUCUGAACUCCUAUUUUUGAGACGAAUUAUAGCAGAAUCAGGUUGUUGCCUUUUUUUUUAAGAUGGUAAACUUAUUGUAGGUGAUUAUCGCACCUAUGCUAUCAAUUCUGCACAGACUAGCUCAGUUGCUGGCAUUGAUGGCGAUAGACAUCCAAUCAAUUUCAGCUUGAAGGGAGGGGAUUAUCGCUGUCGGCCCUCAGAGUGAAAAUGAAUUGAAUGUCUAUCGCCUCCAAUGUGAAAACCCCCGUUCUUUUACUUUCAUGUCCCAGCAUGCACUUGACACAAUAGAUAGGAAGUGCAUGUUGAAGAUCCUCCGGUUGACUGAUCUUCAUACAGGCCUACACACGUCAUUUGUUUGUCACCUUUUUACAUUUCUAAUAUGUGUUUGAUUGUGUGGGAGUGUGUCGGCGUUUGUGUGUGUGUGUGUGUACGUGACAAAGCUGCUAUUUAUUCUGUUUUCUUUGAAAUCCUUCAGGUUUGCUAUUUUAUGCUCUCCACUACUUUCUUACCUAUAAAAUCUAUUAGAAAUGUAUGAUAAAAUGACACAAAAAAAAAAACGGAUUUUAGUUAUCAAAUGUGUUUUUAGACAUGUCUGUACUUGUUGGAUGUCUGUAUUAUUAUUAUUAUUAUUAUUAUUAGAAAUGGACACCUUAGCUCACAAGCUUUCUUCUGCACCCUUUUUUUUGUACUUUUUGUGGUCUAGCACUGCGCCUCUGGGUGCAACUCAAUCUCAGGUCAAAGUUUGAAAAAAGGCUUUUUCAUCUUCUUUUCUCCACACAUUCUCAUCAUCCUCUCCUAUGAUUUUCUUCUCUUCUCUCUGUGCCUCCUUUUCUAGCCACAUUAACCAAAUGUUUGCUUUUAAGACCCAGUCAAAACAAUGUACGGCUAACUGGGUCUUGUCGUUUGCCUUAAUCGUGUUUCUCACUUUUCUCUGUUAUAUUAUUUUCCUCAGUGUGUGUUUUUUUGGGUUGCGAUGUUAAUUCAGCGCCACGCACUCCCCAGCCGCCCCCCAUUCAAGUGUUAUUAUUUUCGUCUCAAACCAAAUAAAGAAUGUCUUCAAGAGCGGGAAGGUUUUAAUGUAAUGGAUGGUAAUAAGAAAAGGUCUUAAAAUAAAGGCUACAUGCAAUUUUGAA